CACAGAAAGCAAGCAAAAAUAACAAGCAGACCUCUUUCACAGACAAUAAUGUUAUAUGAAGUUUAAAUAAUAGAACUUAACCAUCUAUGCCAUACAAUUCGCACAUACAAAUUUGGAACUGAAUUUUGGAUCAAACCACUGGGAAAUUUUGCGGGUAAAAAAUGGAGCUUCUCAAACUCUCACAAUUCAAGCUCCAGCUUCAUGCCCUAAUUUGCGAAGCUCAAGAACUCAAAGAAAGAGAGCGCCAUGCUUCAGAGCAGCUCCAACUCACGGUCCAGAAGCAAAAGCAGAAUGAGGAAGAAUUCAAAGGGAAAUUGGCUGGAGUUAGCAUGGAAUUGUGUAUGUCGGAUGAGCUGAGACAGAAGCUAGAUAGAAUGGUGAGGUGUCUACAAAAUGACAAUGAUUUGCUUGAGAGCCAGCAGAAAGAACUGAAGGGAACCAUAAACAACAUUCUGGAAUCAAGUGAAAGUUUCAUCCAGGCCUAUGAGGAUUCUACAUGUGAAAUGAGACGGGCUAUUGAAGCCAGAGAUAGAAAAAUUGAUAUCCUCUCUGAAAAGAUAAAAGCUCAUUCCAUGUGGUUUGCUUCUAUUGAAAAGGAGGCUUCCUCCAUCAAGCAAGUAGUUGAUGAUGCACACGGUGCUCUGAGUGCAAGAGAGGAAGUAGGCAUGUAGAUUUUUUGCGGAGCUAAGGAGUAAAAUUGAUGAGGUCUCAGCAUUUGAGAAACUAUUUGUAGAAAAAAUAAAUAACCUGGAAAGAGAAUUGAGGAACAAGGAACUCGAGCUAAGGAAAAGAGACCAAACUAUUGUAAGUCUGGAGUGGCAACUUGAGGCAGCAAAUACUAAAAGGGAUUUUGAACCAAAGAUCGAGCAGAUAUCCAUACAA